AUGUUUCCGCUUCGUGUCCGCUUCUCCGCCACUCUUAUCACGCCUUUCCCACCACCACCGCGCGCCCUACUGGAUUCGCUCGCCGAUGGUAGUGAGGGGGUUCAGGGGUACAGCACCCGCCCCUCCGUCCUGCUUCGUGUGCGCCUUCCGGAAUCCUCCUCCCCUCACCUCAUCCGUCAGCUCCGCUCGUCCACUACUCAAUGGGGAGAUGGUCCCAUGCCGCUGGUAGAACCAGAAGCCGCGGAGACAGACAGGGAGGCGCCAAACAGACCGCUGUCGCCGAGAUCGCCGGCGCGCAGUGAAGUGCCCGGUGUGCGACGCGUGGAGGAGGCGAUCGCCGCCAUUCGACGAGGAGAGAUUGUGGUGGUGGUGGACGAACACUCGCGGGAUGUCGCUGAUCUUAUCAUGCCCGCGUCGCUCGCGACGGCGGAGCGCAUGGCCUUCAUGGUUCGCCACGGCAGCGGCAUCGUCUCCGCCGCCGCGUCCCCGGCUGUGCUAGACCGCCUCUCCAUUCCGCCCAUGUUGGCGGGCGCCGAAGGCAUAGCGAAGAACGGCUCGCCGUCCUCCGUGUCGGUGGACGUUGCGGUGGGCACCACAACGGGCAUCUCCGCGGCGGACAGGGCGCGCACGCUGAGGGCCCUCGCGGACGCGCACUCGCUACCCGCUGACUUCUGCCGCCCGGGCCACAUCUUUCCGCUGCGCGCGCAUCCGGGCGGAGUGCUGCGCCAAGCUAUGCGCGUGGAGGCGGCGGCGGACAUGGCCGUGCUGGCGGGGCUGCCGCCCGUGACAGCUGUCACGGAGCUGCUCAAUGAUGACGGCUCGCUGCCCGAUGCCGCUCAGACGCAGCAGUUUGCCGCCCAGAAUGCGCUCACGCUGAUCUCCAUUCAGGAUAUCGUCAGGCACCGGCGGCUGGUAGAGCGCACAGUGCGGCGCACAGCGCUGGCGCGGCUGCCCACGGAGUGGGGCACGUUUGACAUCGUGAGCUACAUCAGCGAUGUGGACGGCAUCGAGCACGUCGCCAUGGUCAAGGGUGACAUCUCAUCAGGCGAGGACGUGAUGGUGCGAGUGCACAGCGAGUGCCUCACAGGUGACAUUUUUGCCUCCGCUCGCUGCGACUGUGGCCCCCAGCUGCAGCAAGCUCUGCGACGCAUAGAGGCCAAAGGCCGCGGCGUGUGCAUCUACCUGCGCGGGCAGGAGGGCCGGGGAAUCGGGCUAGGGCACAAGCUGCAGGCAUAUAACCUGCAGGACAUGGGGCGGGAUACAGUGCAGGCUAAUCUGGAUUUGGGCAUGCCGGCUGAUGCUAGGGAGUACAGCGCUGCGGCGCAUAUCUUGAGGGAUCUGGGCGUGCGGUCGCUGCAGCUGAUGACGAAUAACCCCGCGAAGCUGACGGCAAUCAGUGAAUUAGGGUUUGCUGUCAACGGACGAGUGCCAGUGCUCUGCCCCAUCAACAUGGAGAACCGGAGAUAUUUGGAGACAAAGCGCGCUAAGAUGGGCCAUCUCUAUGACGCAUCGCUGGCACAGCCCAUCAGCGGCGGCUGGGAGGCACGGGGGGAGGAUGUCGAGGAGGUGGAAGAUGCUGAGAGAAGAGUGUAG